UCAAAGAUUGAAAAAUUGAUUAAAAAAAUGCGAAAUUCCCUGUCAAAAAGCUUUAAGCGAAAUUGCGCUGUUUAUUACAAGAAAGGAGAAAGGACGAGUGGGGUGUACAAGAUUGAACCUGAUGAUCAAGGAAGCUUUAAUGUUUAUUGUGACAUGAAGACCUCUGGUGGCGGUUGGACGGUAUUUCAACGUCGAAUGGAUGGAAGUGUUAACUUUUAUCGCGGAUGGAAUGACUAUAAAAAAGGAUUCGGUAAUCUUAAAUCCGAGUUCUGGUUAGGAUUAGAUAAAAUCCACAGAUUAACCAGCGCAAAAAGAAAUAAACUUUGCAUUGAUAUGGAAGACACAAAAAAAAACAAAAGGUACGCUGAGUAUAGAAAAAUUUCUGUGGCAAAUGAAAAACAGAAGUACAAGCUAACACUUGGAAAAUAUUCAGGUACUGCUGGCGAUUCAUUCUCACGGCAUAAUGGAUCUAAAUUUUUGACAAAAGACGCUGACAACGAUAAAUGGUCAAAAAGCUGCGCACAACAGUUCAAAGGUGCUUGGUGGUAUGAAAGUUGCCACUCAUCCAAUCUAAAUGGAAUAUAUCAUCAAGGUGCACAUAAAUCGUUUGCUGACGGUGUCAAUUGGUACACAUGGAAAGGGCAUCACUAUUCCUUGAAAACCACAUCUAUGAAAAUCAAACCAUUUUCAUAAAUAUACACAUUGACAACUUUCUGCCCAAUGUAAAUGGAUAAAAUCAUUUUCCCAAGUUUCGAACAUUUAAUGUACUUUCAUAUUGUUUGAUGACCUAAGUAAGUUCUCUUGAAUGUUGUAUAACAGAUAUAUGCAUUAGAUAUUCUAAUUUUAUUUUUUACUUUUCA